CGACUUGACCCACAUCUGAUCAAUCAAACCUAAAAAGUCAAAAGUCAAAACCCUCGAUAAGCCUUUCUCCACCUUCUUCACAAAGACAAUAAUCUUCAAUUGCAGCAGCCAUGAAUCCAACCAAGAGACUACUGAGUUCAAUCCGACUCGCCAACUCAUUCUACUCAACUCAACUCACCAGAACCAACCAGGUGAUCAUAACUCACUUACACCCAUUUCUCCAUACAGAACUCUUCUUUUCUUCAAACCCACAACAAACCCUUGAUCUUUUAUUAUCCGAAAACUGGUCUAAUAAUCUUGAACAACAAUUGUUAAACUCAAGAUCCAAUUUUUCCCAUGAAUCUGUAGUCUAUGUGUUGAAGAAACUGUCUAAACACCCCCAAAAAGCAUCCAGUUUCUUCAAUUGGGUAGUGGGUAAAUUAGCGUUUGAACCAAGUUCUUCAAUUUAUAGCUUGAUGCUUCGAGUUUACGCGAAUAAAGAUUCGAUUAAACAGUUUUGGGUCAUGGUUCAUAGGAUGAAAGAAGAGGGGUUCUUUGUUGAUGAUCAAGCUUAUUUGUUGAUUGUUAGGGAUUUUCAGAAGUUGAAUAUGGUUAAUGAGGUUUCGGUUUUUACUAAAUUUUAUAAUGCAAUGGUGAAAGAUAAUGAUGUUGUUAAGGAAGUUGUUGAGGUUGUGAUCGAUUCGGAUUGGGGUGACGCGGUUGAGGAGAGGUUGAAACGGAUCGAUUUCGGCGUUAAGUUGUCGGAUAAUUUCGUGCUUCGGGUUUUGAAGGGUUUAAGAACAUACCCUUUUAAGGCGUUAGCGUUUUUCGAAUGGGUUAGUGAGAAUUUCGAGUUUGAACAUAAUGCGGUUACUUACAACGGGAUUUUACGCGUUCUUGGUCGAGAGGAAUCGAUCCAAGAGUUUUGGAACGUGUUUGGUGAAAUGAAAACGAACGGUUAUGAGAUGGAUCUCGAUACGUAUUUAAAGGUCACAAGAUUGUUUCAAAAGCGAAAGAUGUUGAAUGAAGCGGUCGAGCUUUAUGAGCGUAUGAUGGAUAGCCCGUACGCGCCCUCGGGUCAAGAUUGCGGUGUGCUUUUACGAACUAUCGCGGGUAGCAGUUCGCCCGAUUUGGAUCUCGUGUUUCGGGUCGUGAAUACGUUCGAAUCCAAGGGUAAUUCUCUUUCGAAGAAUGUUUACGACGGUAUUCAUCGAUCGUUAACAAGCGUGGGCCAGUUUGAAGAAGCGGAAAAGAUCGUGUUAGCGAUGAAGGACGCGGGGUACGAGCCCGAUAACAUAACCUACAGUCAGUUGAUCUUCGGGCUUUGUAAAGCCCGAAAGCUAGAAGAAGCGGCAAAAGUGAUCGACGUUAUGGAACAAAACGCGUGCGCACCCGACGUCAAAACAUGGACGAUUUUGAUUCACGGACAUUGUUCCGCAAACGAAGUCGAUAAAGCCGUUAUCUUAUUAGCCGAUAUGAUAUCGAAAGGAUGUGAAGCCGACGCAGAUCUUUUAGAUGUUUUAAUAAACGCGUUUUUGGGUAAAAACCAAACCAUCGACGCAUACCAACUACUAACCGAAAUGGUCAAGAGUGUCGGGAUGAAACCGUGGCAAGCGACUUAUAAAAAUCUGAUUCAGAAACUGUUAUCUGAGAAGAAGUUUGAUGAAUCUUUGGGGCUUUUAAGGUUGAUGAGAAAACACGAUUACCCGCCGUUUUCCGAGGCGUUUGUCGGGUAUGUUUCGAAAUAUGGAAGUGUUGAUGAUGCUUUGGAGUUCUUGAAAGCUUUGAGCUUUAAACAAAGCCCUGCGGUUUCGGCAUACCUGAACAUGUUUCAGAGGCUGUUUGAUGAAGGUAGAGAAGUUGAGGCUAAAGAUUUGUUGUUUAAGUGCCCGCCUCAUGUUCGAAAACAUAAAUCGAUUUCUAGUAUUUUUGGGUCUGUUCAAUGAUCUGGUGUAUGAAUGUUAUGAUUUUGAUGCUUAAAUCAACUGUUUAUGGACUAAAAUACACUAAUCUGGAUUCUGGAGUGAGGUACAAUUUUUGCUGAAUUAUGUG